CCCUAAUUUUACGAAGGGCACGAAUCCGCAGGCUGGGACCUGGGUAACCGUACAGGCUGGAGGCGGCGGAGACGGCGGUGAAGGCGAUGAAAUUCAGCGUGAAGGCAUGGAGCAAGGGCGGAGCUCGGGCGGGGGUACUUCAGGUCGGCGGCAGCUGUUGUUUGGAAACUCCAGCUCUCCUCCUCACUACACGCAAGGGUUUGCCUUCCUUCAUUUCCCCUGACCUGCUGUCUACUCUCCCGUCGCCGGACUCUCGCCUCCUCCAAUUUAGUCCUCUUCACUUCGCAGAAGGAAUCUCUAUGAAAACGAUAUCCGAAUUGGGAGGGCUGCAUCAGAUGCUUGGUUUGAAAGAUCAUGUGUUUGUGGCCGUCCCGAGGGAUUCGAUUAUAUCCUUGCCGGAUUACCAGAGCGCUAACAGGCUGGGAGCUUCUUUCGAGACUCCUUGUGGUCGACUGCUGAUGAAACCAAAGCAGUAUAUGGAAAUGAUUUCAUCGAUGAAGCCGGAUAUAUGGUCCACAUUGGCAGAUGAAGUCCCUGCAUGGGUUUCUGAAAAGAGAAACAGAGCCUCGGUUGAUCGAACUGUGAGAUGGCUUGAUGAAUGCCUAACGUCGGAUCUUGCUUCCAAUACAGGCGGAGCUGCAUUUGGGACAAUUGUGGGAGGCUCAAGAAUUGAUGAACGGAAGCGCUGUGCAGAAGAAGUUGCAAAGGGAAAUGUGUCAGGAUUCUGCAUAGGAGGCUUUGGCCUUGGGGAAAGUCUGGAUGAUCGCCCUGCUCUUCUCCGUGCUAUUAUUGAACAUUUACCAGAAAACAAACCCCGUCAGAUUUGUGGUCUUGGGCUUCCUGAGGAAAUCUUGCAAGGUGUUGCUGCUGGGGUUGACCUAUUUGACUCGACAUAUGUUUACCAUCUUACACUGGGAGGAUUUGCCCUUACAUUUGCUUCAGCGGAAAACAAGAAACACGAUGUUUGUGAUCAGCUAACUGAACUUACUGGGAGUGACGGCACCAAGAUCAAUCUAAAAGCAACAAUUUACAGGAAAGACACAUCGCCUAUCGUCGAGGAUUGCAAGUGCUACACAUGUAAGAAUCAUACAAAGGCUUACAUAAACCAUCUGUUCAACGUGCACGAAAUGUUGGCGCAGAUUCUAUUAGAAAUCCACAACACCCACCAUUACCUCGGAUUCUUCCGAACAAUAAGGGAAGCAAUCCAAAGAGGAAGGUUUGAGGAAUUUCAUCGAAAUUUUGUGGAGGCGAGGCGCAACUACUAUUGUGGCUCCAUGUAAUAAAUAGUUUAUGUGGAUGUAUUAUAAUCGGAUGGAUGAAGUAGUUGUCAUGGAGAGAGAUGGAAAGGAAUCUGCAUGCUAACUGCUAAGAGGUUUUAAUUCGAUUUUGUUGUGGGGCACAUAUCAUGUUAUCUGGGGUUUAGAGUUUGAUUAUCUGAUCAUUUGAAUAAUUCUGCAAAGUAAAUUUUUUUCUAUAAAAUAGUUCUUUAGCGUGUCA